UUCUGCCCAAUAAAGAAUGAUGGGUCAGUCUUGCCCUCCCUUGAAGGGAAAGGGAAAAGCGCCUACAUUCUGAUGUUAUUGGGGAAAAAAUUCGAAAUUUGGGUAUUCUUGGGGAUUAUGCUACAGGAUUAAUUAACUGCGUCAUCGGCUUUCUUAUCACCCCUGUGGCCAACUUCCCUCUCUGUCUGCUACCACCUGGCUGUACAGUCUAGAUACCCAGGAUUGAGACUGGGCAUGAGUCUCAGGCAUGAGUCAUCCUCUGCCCAAGCAGGUGGAAGUGGUCACAACUAAGAAACAAUGUUUGGGUGUGUUCUGGCAGCAGCAGUUAGCACUAUAUAGAGCCCCAGAGGAAAAAGUCCAGUGACAGAGCAGCAUGGCUUCUGACAGAGGUCCUUCAGCUGGAGAUGCCACAUCAAGAAGGAGAAUUGAACCCUGGGAAUUUGAAGUCUUCUUUGACCCCAGAGAACUCCGCAAAGAGACUUGUUUGCUCUAUGAGCUCCAAUGGGGCAGGAGCCGAGACACCUGGCGACAUACAGGCAAAAACACCACCAACCAUGUUGAACGCAAUUUUCUAGCUAAAAUCACUUCGGAAAGGCAUUUUCACCCAUCUGUCCACUGCUCCAUCGUCUGGUUCCUGUCCUGGAGUCCCUGCUGGCAAUGCUCUGAGGCAAUAAGGGAAUUUCUGGAUCAGCACCCUAGUGUGACCCUGGUUAUUUAUGUAGCUCGGCUUUUCCACCACAUGGAUCCACAGAACCGGCAAGGACUCAGAGACCUGGUGAACCGUGGUGUGACCAUCCAGAUCAUGGGAGCCCGAGAGUACGAUUACUGCUGGAGGAAUUUUGUCAACUACCCACCUGGGAAAGAAGCUCACUGGCCAAGAUUCCCCCCAGUAUGGAUGAAGCUGUAUGCCCUGGAACUCCACUGCAUAAUUCUAAGUCUCCCUCCCUGUUUAAGGAUUUCAAGAAGAUUUCAGAAUCAGCUGACAUUUUUCAGACUUAUUCUUCAAAAUUGCCAUUACCAAAUGAUUCCACCCCAUAUCCUUUUAGCUACAGGACUGAUACAACUACCUGUGAUUUACAGAUGAAUAGAAUGACUCCUUGUGUAUAUACUGUUUCAUGAAGAGGCACUGAUGACCUACUAAAAAGUGAGCCUCAUUAGAAUGGAGAAAUUUUCAGUUUGCAUUUCUGCGCACUAACAACGAAUUAUCUGAAAAGGAAAUAAAGAAAACAACCCCCACUUACAAUAGCAUCGAAAACAAUAAAAUACUUAGGAAUUAA